AUGAUGAUCCAAUUUUGGUUUCUAAUUUGGCUAAGCAUCGGACUAAGCUGGGGUGAUCAAUACUAUGAUGAAACAUUAUGUUCUUCAGGUGUUAAUCUUCCGGGAACGAGGUACACCUGCAGUUCUUCGCCUCAAGAAUGCCAAACUUUCUUGGUAUACAGGGCAGACGAAAAGUUUCAGACUAUUGCAAAUAUCUCCAGCUUGUUUAACGUGACGCCUGAAGAAUUACUUGCCAAGAACAAUGCGAUCUCAUCUUCGUCUCAGAUUCUUGAGCCAGGCAUGGAGGUCCUAGUUCCCAUUGUUUGUUCAUGCAUCGAGCAAUUUUAUGAGGCAAAUGUCAACUACAUUUUUCCAGGGAGCAUGACGUUAGUAAAUGUUUCUUGUGGAGUAUUUGAAGGUUUGCUGAAAUCAAUUACCUUGAUUGAAGCAAAUCCCUCAGCAAAUACAACUCUCCAGGUUGGUUCAAUGCUUCAGAUUCCUCUGAAAUGUGCCUGUCCUGAAAAACUCUCUAGCAAUGUAGGGGUGAGAUAUCUUGUUACCUACCCAUUUAUCGAAAAUGACAAUCCUAAUAAAGUGAGCAAAAAGUUCAGCAUUCCUGUUGGUGAUCUAUUGGAAGCUAACCAUUUGGAUCCUUUAGCCACUGUUUAUCCACAAACAACUAUUCUAGUACCCCUAAAAUCAGAACCAUCAAUUAUUUACGAUGUUCCAGCUUCCGAACCUCCAAAUUCUCCAGGCUUUGUCCCCACAGAACCCGUAAGAAGACGCAACAAAAGCACACAACUGAAGAGAGUGUACAUUUCAGUUUCAGUUGUUGGCUUUGUUCUGGUUCUUGUGACUUUGAUUGCUUGUGGUUUAUAUGUUAAAGCCUUAAAGAAAUGCAAGGCCGAAAAUUUAAAUUCUUUUGCACGCAGAAGCCCCAUGACCUCAUGUUCGACGCCGAGGAGUUCACAAUUAUCUGGUCCAACACCAGCUAAAAGCUCAAACGCUUCAUGUUUGUCUCCUGAUUUGCUUGAAAGCAUCAGGUAUUCACUGGGCAACUAUAGUGUAGAAGAGCUCAAGAAAGCUACAAAUGAUUUCAGUGAAGAAACUAGACUAAUGGACGAUGUUUACAAGGGGAUCGUCGAUGAUUCUGAAAUACUGAUCAAACGAACAAGAUUCGAGGACACAAGGCAAGUUAUCGAAAUCCAUUCAAAAAUUAACCAUGUUAACAUAGUUAAACUCCAUGGCGUUUGUUAUGGUGAAAAUGACUUCUCUUGGUCUUAUCUGGUGUUCGAGUUUCCGGGUAAAGGUAGUUUAAGAAGGUGUUUAUCUAGCUCAGAUCCAUCUCUUAGGUGGAACCGCCGUACGCAAAUAGCCUUUGAUGUUGCAACAGGGCUACAUUAUUUACAUUACUGUAUGGUUCCUCCCUACACUCACAUGCAUGUAAAUAGCAAAAAUAUUUUUCUAACGCGAAGUUGGAGGGCGAAAAUUGCUGUAUAUGGGGGAAGUAUGCCGCCAAUUGGAUCCUCAAAUGAUCAUGAAAGCAUAACCAGCACUGGAGGGUGGGGUGUCUCAUCAGAACAUCUUGUUCAUGGUUCAGUAUCUGAAAAUGAGGAUAUCUUUGCAUUUGGGAUUGUUUUACUUGAACUUAUCUCAGCAAAGGAGGAUUUGGAUGGACAGUCAUUGAUUGAAUCAACUGCAUUUUUAGGAGGGGGUGCCAGUGAUCAAGGAGGAUGUUUUAAUCACUUGAGGAAUUUUGUGGAUCCAAAUCUAAAGGAAGAGUACCCUCUGGCAGAAGCACUGUGUCUUGCUGUUUUAGCUAAAGCUUGUAUUGAAGAUGAUCCACCACACAGACCAUCUAUGGAUGAUAUCCUUAAAGUCCUUGCCAGAAUGGUUUAA